GGAUAAUACCAAGUGCUGUUCCAGAUGCUCUGUUUAUAAAAGAAAUAUUCACAUUGUUCAUAUAUAAUUUAGUAUAGGAUAUCAAGGAAGAAGAAAAUAUGGGAGUGAAGGAGACGUUUUACAUAUCACAUGGCUCUCCCACACUUUGCAUUGACGAAUCGAUUCCGGCGAGGCAGUUCUUGACGGCAUGGAAGGAUAUUUUCCCGCAGAAGCCUUCUGCGAUUCUGGUCAUCUCUGGUCACUGGGACACCAAAUUCCCCACCGUCAACGUCGUCGAUCGCAAUGAAACCAUCCACGAUUUCUACGGAUUCCCCAAAAUCAUGUACCAGCUGAAAUAUGCAGCGCCGGGGGCUCCGGAGUUGGCGAAGAGGGUGAAGGAGCUUCUAGAAGCGUCGGGGAUAGAGCGCGUGGAGGAAGACAGGAAGAGGGGGCUGGACCACGGCGCGUGGGUGCCACUGAUGCUGAUGUACCCGGAGGCGGACAUCCCGGUGUGCCAGCUGUCGGUGUCAUCGCACAGAGAUGGAAGCUUUCACUAUGAGAUGGGAAGAGCGCUGGCGCCUCUGAAGGAAGACGGAGUUCUGAUCAUUGGGUCUGGAAGUGCCACUCAUAACUUGAGAGCCAUUGGUCCUCGAAAUAGCCCUCCUCCAACUUGGGCUUCUGAUUUCAUCGCCUGGCUGAAACACUCUCUUCUUAAUGCAAGUGACAGAAUGAAUAACCAGAUUCAAUCAUCCAACACAAAUCUGGUGAGAAGGGGAUUAAAGAUGCAAGCGAUCAAGGAGACGUUCUACAUUUCGCAUGGAUCGCCGAUGCUGUUGAUCGACGAGACAAUUCCGGCGAGAGGAUUCCUCCAGAAUUGGAAGAAGGACGUGUUCCCGCAGAGGCCUUCCGCCAUUCUGAUAAUCUCCGCUCACUGGGACACCGACUUCCCUUCCGUCAACAUCGUUCCUCGCAACCACACCAUUUACGACUUCUAUGGCUUCCCCAAGUUCUUAUACGAGUUGGAGUAUCCGGCACCGGCGGCUCCGGAUUUGGCAAGGAAGGUGAAGGAGCUUCUAGAAGCGUCGGGGAUAGGGCGCGUGGACGAAGACAGAACGAGGGGGUUGGACCACGGCGCGUGGGUGCCACUGAUGUUGAUGUACCCGGAGGCUGACAUUCCGGUGUGCCAGCUGUCGGUUUCAUCGCACAGAGAUGGAAGCUUUCACUAUGAGAUGGGAAAGGCAUUAGCUUGUUUGAAGGAAGAAGGCGUUCUGAUCAUCGGAUCUGGAAGCGCCACUCACAAUCUGAGAACAGCUAGCCGGAGUGCCGUUGCUGAUGUUCCUUGGGCUGUUGAAUUCAUUGCCUGGUUGAAAGACUCUCUUCUUAACGGAAGAUACGAAGAAGUGAAGGAAUACGAAGAGAAGGCACCGCAUGCGAAAAUGGCACACCCAAAAGCAGAGCACUUGUUGCCAUUACACGUGGCAUUGGGUGCUGCCGGAGACAAUGCGAAAGCCCAAGUCAUUCACGACAGUCUCCGUGGGGGCACCAUUUCUUAUGCCUCUUUCAGCUUCACUCCUCAAUGAUUAUCAUUAUACUUAAGGAUCCAUGAUCUUCAGUUUAAUUAACUCUCCUAAUUUCACCUGGGAUAAAUAUAUAUAUUUGAUCAUCACUGUAAUUAUCCUUUUCCAUCAUCCCAAAUUAAAACAUCCAUCGUGUUUACUUCAUCUUUUACUGUGUACAUGCAACCGCAGAACUGCAAUAUAUAUAUAUAUAUAUAUAAAGAAUCCAAGUAUUGGAGACUC